GCGAUCCCAUCCCAUCCGUAAGAACUACAGCUCCGGGCUUCUGCUCGAUCGCCACCACUAGCGCUUUUUCUCACUCGUGAAAAAAAAUCGACCCGGACCCGUGUGCGUGCCCAUUUCUCCGUGGCAUUUCCGUGCAAGAAAAAGAGAUUUUUCUCGUGUUUUCCCGUGUUUGUAACGUGAACUAAAACACUCAGUGCAGAAUAAUGGCCCCACCAUCGUACUCCGAUCUUGGCAAGCAGGCCCGCGAUGUCUUCAACAAAGGCUACCACUUCGGACUGUGGAAGCUGGACGUCAAGACCAAGACCAACUCGGGUGUGGAGUUCAGCACGAGCGGCCACUCGAACCAGGACACCGGCAAGGUGUUCGGCUCGCUGGAGACCAAGUACAAAGUGAAGGAGUACGGUCUGAACUUCUCGGAGAAGUGGAACACAGACAACACGCUCACCUCGGAGGUGUCGGUCGAGAACCAGCUGGUGAAGGGCCUGAAGGUGUCGUUCGAUGGCAUGUUUGUGCCGCAUACCGGAAGCAAAACUGGCCGCUUCAAGACUGCCUACUCGCACGAUCGCGUUCGCGUCGAUGCCGACUUCAAUGUCGACCUGAGCGGACCGCUGGUGAACGCGUCCGGUGUCGCUGCCUACCAGGGCUGGUUGGCCGGUUACCAGGUUGCAUUUGACUCGCAGAAGUCGAAAAUCACCGCCAACAACUUUGCUCUCGGCUACUCGGCCGGUGACUUUGUUCUGCACACCAACGUUAAUGAUGGCCGUGAGUUCGGUGGUCUGAUCUACCAGCGAUGCAACGAUCGUCUGGAGACUGCCGUGCAGCUGUCCUGGGCUUCGGGCUCGAAUGCUACCAAGUUUGGCAUGGGCGCCAAGUACGACUUGGACAAGGAUGCUUGCGUCCGUGCUAAGGUCAACAACCAGAGCCAGAUCGGUCUCGGCUACCAGCAGAAGCUCCGUGAUGGUAUUACUCUGACAUUGUCCACGCUCGUUGAUGGCAAGAACUUCAACGCUGGCGGCCACAAGAUUGGCGUCGCUCUGGAGCUGGAGGCUUAAGUGCGCGCGCUCGUGCCGUUUUUGUGUUCUUGCGCCCAUUUCCCCCCUUCCCCUAAAGAAGCCCCCUGGUUCGCAAAACUCAGCUGGCUUGCGGACACACGAAAGAAGAAAGUGCAGGGGCUGCAUUGGGUGUAGUUGCAAAGUGUUUUAAGAAAUAUUAAACGAUCGAGCGAAUCCUUACCACAUA